AUGCUAUUACGCCUUUUCGCAUCCAGGAUUACGAACGCCGCAAAUAACGUAACGAAAUUUUUAAACCUUUUGCUACCUUUAACGUGCUUUCGUAAAAAGCUUCCAACGAAAAAGUUAAAAAGUUUAUUUAAUAAUUGCACCAAUCGUUUCUUUUUAAAGGUUUUAACUUUUAGGAAUAGCAACAAAAAAUUAGCGUUAAAAUACGGAACGGAAAGUUCCCGGUAA